GCUGAGCGGUGUAUUUUGCGAUUCUAUCUUUAAUAAAUGAGCAAUAACAUAGUUUAAGUGCAAGAAAUGCUUACAAAAUCGUUACUUGUGAGUGUAGUUUUAUAUGGAUUACUAAACUGUACAGUUCAGAGUAGUUUUUUCGCUGAAAAUGGAACGAAAAGGAAUUUUGUUUACAAUGUAUACGAAUAUGACACGCUCAUCAACAUCACAGUGAACUCAACGACUGAACAGAUCUUGGACUUCAAUGAGACGUCAGACAAAUGGUGCCACCUACCGACAAGAGUACACGUCUCUACCACCGAUAUCGUCGACGGUGAUCACCCCGUGUUCGUCACCGCUACGCAGCAGAAAGGAGUAUCAUCGUGGGAGCUCCCUCUAGUGGUGCAAACUAGUAACUGGCGAUGGCGCACGAACGACAUGGCUCGCACACUCUGUCCACACGACGCGGGGCCUAACAUAACAACGGUGAAUCGGCCAACGAUACAGAUAACCACGUCUAAUCCCACCGAUGUGCCCGUCGCCAUCAAACUGCGGCGGGUCACCGACUUCUUCAUAGAGGUGGAUAAGGAAGUGUAUUUGAACGUCACGCCGAGCUCUCCAAAGUAUUACUACUUCUCCUUCGAUAGCGACCCGCCGCCCAAUAAAACGAGAACGACAGAUCUUGAGCUGCCCGCACUAAGGUUUAACUAUACAAUACCAAAGAGCGUAAUUCUGAUUGUAGAGUCGGAUGAUGACAUCUGUGCUGUCAUCUCCAUACAGAACAACUCGUGUCCAGUGUUUGACAACGAGCAAGAUGUCAACUACCAGGGCUACCAUCUUACCAUGAUGAAUAAAGGAGGGAUUACACUUACCCAAUCCAUGUUCUCUGUGGGAUUCUACGUGGUGUUCAUAGUGAAACAGAGCGACGAGGACUGCACGGGAGCGAGCGAGAUGACGCUAAAGGAAUACAAUAUGGGAACUGAGAGGGUUAAGAGUUUCAGAUUCCGUAUAAUAGCCACCAUUUCAUACGCGGAAUAUGUGGUGGCUGCCCUCGUCGUGUUGGCAGUCCUCAUGCUGCUUCUGGCGCUAAGUGCCCUCAUCUCCUGCUUCACCACCAAAUGUACAGAGCAAUUGGUCAUAUUAGAUGAAGAACCGGCGCCAUCUACAUCUCGAGGGCCCAGCGACGAAACGCCAUUAUUUGAAGAUAAAAUACCAAGAUCGGACUCAUUUUCUUCGGACGGGUCGGAGCCGAGAGAACUUGUGCUCACGUUGCCCCUCACGGUCGCGGGGCUCAAUCGCCGUCCCACAUACGCGCGCCGCUCUGACAGAUAUUUCUGGAGCGCUCUGACUGUAGCUGUGGUGUACGCGCUGCCAGUCGUGCAGCUGCUAUUUAUGUACCAACGGAUGGUAUUCCAAACCGGCAACCAAGACCUGUGCUACUACAACUUCUUCUGCGCGCACCCGCUGGGCCCCCUCGCCGACUUCAACCAUGUUUACUCGAAUAUAGGCUACGUUCUACUAGGCAUCGCCUUCAUGGCCCAAGUCAGGGUACGACAGGUGGCGCAGAGGAAAAAACAGGGUGCGGAAUUGGGCAUCCCUCCCCACCACGGCAUCUUCUACUCAAUGGGGCUGGCUCUCAGCAUGGAGGGCAUACUCUCUGCCUGCUACCACUUGUGCCCGAACAAGAUGAACUUCCAGUUUGAUUCGUCGUUCAUGUACGUGAUCGCGGUGCUGUGCAUGAUCAAAUUGUACCAGAACCGUCACCCGGAUGUCAACGCGAACGCGCACUCUACGUUUAUGCUGUUGGCUGUUGUAAUGACUAUAGGUCUGUUCGGGAUCAUGUACCCGAGCGUAUAUUUCUGGGUGUUGUUCACCAUCCUCCACCUGACUACCUGUUUCAUGUUGACCAUGAAGAUAUACUACGUCGGUCAAUUUAAAUUCGAGCGAGCGAUGUUCAGGCGAGCUAUAGACGCCUUUAAAUCUCGGGAAGGCAAUAUCAUCACAUUUCUACGACCAUCUUAUGGUGCUCGUGCGAUUCUCCUCGCCGUCGCCAACGCUGCCAACUGGGCGCUGGCCGCUUAUGGGAUGUACGAGCAUAAUAAGGACUUAGCGCGCCAUCUACUUGCCAUACUCAUGGGCAACACUGUGCUCUAUCUCCUCGGUUACGUCAUCAUGAAACUUGUCAAUAAAGAAAAGGUGCCGGUACGGGCGUGGAUGUUCUGCGCUCUAGCUCAUCUCUGCUGGAUCGUGGCCUUAUACUUGUUCCUUGACGGACAUACGAGAUGGGCGGAUACGCCAGCGCAGUCCCGCCGCCGCAACGCCGUGUGCUCGUCGCUACAAUUCUUCGACAGCCACGAUCUUUGGCACGCAGCGUCCGCAGCCGCUCUAUACUUGUCGUUUAAUAUGUUGUUGACUAUAGAUGACCCAUUAGCUGACACCCCUAGGGAACUUAUACCUGUGUUUUAAUCGAGAUUUUAUCAGGUGACAAAGUUUGUUACACGAUAUGUUGAGUAUUCUUCAUCCGAUAUUCAUGAAAUUUAACAGGAAAGUAGCUCAGAUAAAUAGUAGUUUUAAGUUUGAAUUUGAAGAAAAUCGGCCCGAUGGUUAGGAAGUUAGAGAAAAAAUUGAUAUAUGUGUCGCGAGGUGUGUUCAGGGUGAACUACUAGUACAAUAAUGUCUGUUUGUAUGUUUGACAGUCACGAUCUCUGGCACGUGGCCUCCGCGGCCGCCCUUUACCUGUCAUUCAACAUGUUGACUAUAGAUGGCUCACUGGCUGACACCCCUAGAGAACUUAUACCUGUAUUUUAAUCGAGAUUUUAACUAGGGGUGACAAAGUUUGUUACACGAUAUCUUGAGUAUUCUUCAUCCGAUAUUCAUGAAAUUUAACAGGAAAGUAGCUCAGAUAAAUAGUAGUUUUAAGUUUGAAUUUAAAGAAAAUCGGCCUGGUAGUUAGGAAGUUAGAUAAAAAAUUUAUAUAUGUAUCGCGAGGUGUAUGUUUGUCAGUCACGAUCUCUGGCACGCGGCCUCCGCAGCCGCCCUUUACCUGUCAUUCAACAUGUUUUUGACUAUAGAUGACCCAUUAGCUGACACCCCAAGAGAACUUAUUCAUGUAUUUUAAUCGAGUAUUCAACUAGGGGUGACAAAGUUUGUUACACGAUAUCUUGAGUAUUCUUCAUCCGAUAUUCAUGAAAUUUAACAGGAACGUUGCUCAGAUAAAUACUAUUUUUAAGUUUGAAUUUGAAGAAAAUCGGCCUGAUGGUUAGGGAGUUAGAGCAAAAAUUGAUGUGUCGCGAGGUGUGUUCAGGGUGAACUACUAGUACAACAAUGUAUGUUUGACAGUCACGAUCUCUGGCACUUUACCUGUCAUUCAACAUGUUGUUGACUAUAAAUGGCUCACUGGCUGACACCCCUAGAGAACUUAUUCUAUCCGCGAAUAUCGAGAAUGGAAAUUUCUUUAUCUGCUCUUUCGCUCGAAUUAUAGAAGAGAGAUGGAGAAGGAUAACGAAAUUUCGAUGUUUUAGCGAUAUAUCCUAAAAUCCAUGGUGCCAUUAGGCCUGAUGAUGGAGACCAGAGCCCAAUAUUGUAAAGUAUUUUAGGUGCUUAAUCAGUAAUCAGUAAUUUAUUGCUUUCAUAUUUAGGUAGGUACAAUAUAAAUAACUGUGCCAUUUUUAAUCAAAAGGGUACUUAUUGUCGGUUGUCAACAAGGCGCUAUUUCCAUACAGCUUCAAUUUGAAAUCAACCUUAUUGACAAGCGACAAUGUUUAAUUGUAUAUCUUGCAACUUUCUGUUUAAUUGUAUAUCUUAACCUGUCUUAUGUACAAUAAAGUGUUUACAUACAUACAUACAAUGUGGUACCUUUUAGUUGAAAAUGUCACAACUUUAGUCAUAGUAUGUAAUUGUUUUUGUAUUAUACUAAAAAAUAAGUGCAUUCGUGUUGCCAGGGAGGUUUUGGGAUUAUAAUGAGCAACUUUUACUAUGGGACCAACCACGAAAUCGCGUACAAAAUAGACCAGCCAAAAUGUAUGAAACAGCCAAAUUUUUAUUCGCGAUUUCGGGGUUGGUCCCAUAGUAAAAGUUGCUCAGUAUAAUCCCAAAACCUCCCUGGCAACGGGAAUGCACUUAUUUUUUUGCCACCGUGUAUAAAGUUUUAUUUAGUUUUAUAGUUUAAAGCAAAGCUCACUAGUGUCAGACCAAGAUAACUCUGCAGCGAUUUUUAUAGCUAGCACGCACGUGCAAGUGAAAUUAUGACGUAUAAAUGACCCUUGCACGUCUCAUUACACGCAUAAAACGUCAAACUUCUAUGAAAUUAUGACGUUUAAAUAACACUUGCAAGUCUCUUUACACGCAUAAAACGUGAACAUUCUAUGAAAUUAUGACGUUUAAAUAACACUUGCACGUCUCAUUACACGCAUAAAACGUCAAACUUAUAUGAAAUUAUGACGUAUAAAUAACCCUUGCACGUCUCAUUACACGCAUAAAACGUCAAACUUAUAUGAAAUUAUGACGUAUAAAUAACCCUUGCACGUCUCAUUACACGCAUAAAACGUCAACAUUCUAUGAAAUUAUGACGUUUAAAUAACCCUUGCACGUCUCAUUACACGCAUAAAACGUCAACAUUCUAUGAAAUUAUGACGUUUAAAUAACACUUGCACGUCUCAUUACACGCAUGAAACGUCAAACUUAUAUGAAAUUAUGACGUUUAAAUAACCUUGCAUGCUCAUUACACGCAUGAAACGUCAACAUUCUAUGAAAUUAUGACGUUUAGAUAACUCUUGCACGUCUCAUUACACGCAUAAAACGUCAACAUUCUAUGAAAUUAUGACGUUUAGAUAACAUUUGCACGUCUCAUUACACGCAUAAAACGUCAACAUUCUAUGAAAUUAUGACGUUUAGAUAACAUUUGCUCGUCCGUGCCAUAAAAAUCGCUGCAUAGCUGCAGUCGCUGCUUGGUCUUACUCUAAAUGGUUAAUAAUUGACGUAAAGCUCGUAUCUCAAUAUCGUCUCACUACUUAGAUACGAGGUUUCUAAAGGGGCCCACUGACUAUCAGUCCGCC